GGAAACGAAGCAUCAACAACAACAACAAUCGUUGUUGUCCUCCACGCCCGCUGCGCUGCGAUUGUUCUCGCUCGCUUUCAGCCGUCCGCUCGUUCAUGCACACGUCUCUCUCUCAAACCAUGCGCAGACACUAGCAAAACCAUAACAAAACCCCCGCAUCACCCCCUAAAGCGAUGCAUCACCGACAUUACCACCACCACCACCACCACUAAACACCAUACCCAGCUUACAACAACAACAACCACCAGACCCCCCCUCCUGAACGUCAAAAUGAGCAGCACUCCACCAGCCACCACAACCCCGAUCUCCCUCACAACCCCUCAAUACCGCGCCUACCAACCCUCCUCGCACCCGCCGACCCCCUCCGCAUCCGCAUCCGCACGCGCAUCCGCAUCCCCCUCACCACCAACACCGCCCCUCGACCCCUCCAACCUCCCCACCGGCACGAAAUCGCUCUCCGGAAUCUCACUCCGCGCCUUCUUGCUGGGCACCACCCUCGGCCUCACCACAAGCCUAACCCUGCACCUCCUCCUAACAACCACAACUCCACUCUGGCGCCUCCCCUUCUUCCUCGCAAGCCUCAGCCUCUUCCACUUCCUGGAGUACUACACGACAGCAACCUACAACCCGCGCUUCGCCGACACCACCGCCUUCCUCCUGAGCUCGAACGGCUGGGCCUACAACGUCGCGCACGGGUCCGCGAUCCUCGAAUGCCUGCUCACUAACACCCUGGCCCCGGCGGGGGCCACCUACCACUACCACCAGCACCCGGGGCUGUCCCGGAUCUUCGCCUUCGAACGUACGGACACCUUCCAGGAAUACCGCCUCGAACUCAACCUCCCCAUCUGCCUCGGCCUCGGCCUCAUGCUCCUCGGCCAGACCGUCCGCUCCGUCGCCAUGGCUCAGGCCGGCAACAGCUUCAACCACACCGUGCAGGUCGCCCGCCGUGACGACCACCGCCUGAUCACCCACGGCGUCUACCGCGUCCUGCGCCACCCCGCCUACUUCGGCUUCUUCUGGUGGGGCAUCGGCACCCAGCUCGUCCUGGGCAACGUCGCCUGCCUCGUCGCGUAUGCCCUCGUCCUGUGGCGGUUCUUCCGGCUGCGCGUGCGGAGAGAAGAAAACUACCUCUGUGCUUUCUUUGGGGAUCAGUAUCGGGAGUAUAGGAAGAGAAGCUGGGUGGGGAUUCCCUUUGUUUGAAUUCAAGGAGUUGCACCCUGUUUCUUUUGGAAAAUUGAGAAAACAGGAAACUGGCUGUAUAUUGGGAAUAUGCGGGCGUAGUAGAUAUGGGAGUCGGGUUGUGUGAUAUCUGUCAUUUCCCGUUCAUUAUUUUGAGAUCCAAUACGCACUGUACUGUACAUUCUAAUCAUAUACC